AUGAGUGGCGGAAACGACGAGUUUGAGGAGCAGUUGCAGAUGCAGGAAUUGUACGGAGACUCCAAGAACGAACCCACCGGGGACUAUGAGGCUUUCAGGCAAGCACCCGCUGACACCCCUUACGAAUGGGACCUGGCCCAGAAAGCAUGGUUCCCAAAGAUUACUGAUGAUUUCCUUGCUACGUAUCAGGCCAAUUAUGGCUUUUCUAAAGAUGGUACGCCUAGUUCCAUUGCAGACAUGCAAGACGUAAAUGCUACAACUGCAGAGGAAGCUCUGCAAAGAAAAAUUCCCGAACCCAGUGACCCCAGAAAGAAGGGUUUGGAAAAGAGAAAGGGUGAAUCCGGAUGGUUUCAUAUUGAAGAAGACAGAAAUACAAAUGUCUAUGUGUCUGGUUUGCCUCCAGACAUGACAGUAGAUGAAUUUGUACAGCUCAUGUCCAAGUUUGGCAUUAUCAUGCGAGACCCUCAAACGGAAGAAUUUAAGGUCAAGCUUUACAAAGAUGAGCAAGGCAAUCUAAAAGGAGAUGGGCUCUGUUGUUACCUGAAGAGGGAGUCUGUAGAGCUCGCAUUGAAGUUGUUGGAUGAUGAUGAAAUCAGGGGCUACCGAUUACACGUGGAAGUGGCCAAGUUUCAACUGAAGGGGAAAUAUGAUGCCUUGAAGAAGAAAAAGAAAUGCAAAGACUAUAAGAAGAAACUGUCUCUGCAACAAAAGCAGUUAGAUUGGAGACCUGAAAGAAGAACUGGGCCCUCCCGAAUGCGCCAUGAGCGAGUUGUCAUCAUCAAAAACAUGUUUCAUCCUACGGACUUUGAGGACGACCCAUUGGUACUGAAUGAAAUCAGAGAAGACCUUCGAGCAGAGUGUUGCAAGUUUGGACAAAUCCGGAAGCUCCUGCUCUUUGAUAGACACCCAGAUGGUGUGGCCUCUGUCUCUUUCCGAGACCCAGAGGAAGCUGAUUCCUGCAUUCAGACCCUCCAUGAAAGGUGGUUUGGUGGCCGUCAGAUCACCGCUGAAACGUGGGAUGGAACUACAGAUUAUCAAGUGGAAGAGACUUCAAGAGAAAGGGAGGAAAGGCUGAAAGGAUGGGAGGCUUUCCUCGAUUCCUCUGAUUCUUCUGAGGACCAUAGAGAUCUUCACUGCGUAAAUCCCGUCAAUAUUUUAGAGAAGACUGGCCCUGCCAGAGUAAGGCACCUUUCGGAGCACACAUCUACGUCAAAAGUGAAUAUCCCAGAAGCUGUCAUGGAAAUGGCAUUUGAAGAACCUAUCAAUGAAAAGAAGUUUGAAAAAUUAGAAAAUGAGAGCAAAUUGGAAGAAGAUGCUUCUGGGAAAGAUGCUGAGGAAGGAGGCCUUCAAAAUGAGGCUGGUGACGGUUGUCUCAAAAGAAAGCAAGAUCCCUACCCUGAUGGAGAAUCUGGAGAAGACAGUGAAACACAAGCUGAAUCCAAACACAAACAAGUACACCCAUUCAAUACCGAAGCCAGCUUUGCUCUGGAAAAGAGAAGAGAAGCAAAUAAAAGUGAAGAGGCAAAAAAGAAAAUGGAGGAUGAAAGCCUAAAUAAAAAAGGACAAGCCACCUCAAGAGAAAUGAAUGUCCUAAGUCGCGUGGAUGGAGAGGCUGCCUUCUCUGCCUAA